CUAGCUUCAUCCAAAGAGUCUUCUCAAUAAUUGAGUCGGUUUGUUCUUUGCUUACUUGUAAUAUUUAAGUAUUAAAUGACUUGUUAGCGUAGACGUGCUUGCACUUAAAACAAACUGAUAUUUACCUACGUAGUGCACCAAGAAAAAUCAAGAUGGCUACCACGACGAUUGGCGAGGAUUCCUCCUUCGCUAGUUUUGGUCAUCCGCGCGACCAGCUAGCUGGAGAGGUGAGCCCUGGCUCCCCCUCGACGGAGGCAGAGCUGCGACGUGUCACGAAGCAACUGUCGGACCUACAGGCCAAAGUCGGCGUUCUUGAGCGUUCCGUCAGCUUUUUCAGCAGCCAUAUCGGGAAAAUCAAUUUCAUCGAGUCGUAUUUCGACUUGCUCGAGACAGCGGCCAGCAAAGUCCCGGAUGUUGCCGGUGGAUCGAGUGUAUGGAUGGUGUUUAUUCCAUCCGUACGACCAUCGAGGCUCCCCGUAAUCAUGCUAUACGUUUUCAAGGGGAAAAGGGUUGCCGUGAUGGUCUGGCUAGAUGGAAUAGAUGCUAUUCAUAGAGUGGCUCGGUCAGCAGUACUGUUGGAGGUCGAGCCACUGGUGGAGCUUCGUCAGGCAAAACGCAAAUGGAGCGGGCGCUUGCGUCUUUAGCGGCGAUCGCUCCUCGCGUUGAUCUCCCGUCUUCUGCAACGCCAACAUUAUCUAAAAUUCCAGCUGCUAUAACUGGGUCGUCAGCAGCAGGAGCGGGAACGACGCUAGCAUCUGCAGCAGGAGUUGCGAGUGCCAACAACAUCGCUAGUCUUCGUGGGGGCCACGUCACGUCAUCUUUGAAUGCGUCGCAACUAGCAGCCGCAGUGGGGGGUUUAGUCCCACCGGCAAGUGCUUUGUCGCUCGCGGCUGACCCAGGUAGCAAUCUAGCCACGAGCCAGAGUCUUGCUGCUUUUGCCCCAAGCGGGAGCAACACAAGCACAGAGAUGGCGCUGCUUCCGGAUCCACUGCCUACUCCAUUGUACCACUCCAGUUUCGCCGACAAUUUGCGUGCUCCUGAGUCGGCCACGAACAUCGCAGGAGCGCCAUUGUCGGCGGCCCGUGGCAGCCUCGUGCCACCGUCUGGGGCUUCGCAGGCACCAGCCUCUGCCGUUGGUGGCAUUCCAGGGAGACCAGACUUGAACGCUGACACGCAUGCGGAGCGCAGGUAUCGCGCAAUGGCAGCAGCCGUUCGACCUUCAGAUGCAGGAGGCUCGUUUGCAGGUCAAGCAUUCGGAAUGCCGUCCAAGGAUGAGGCACUCUACCUAGAAUAUUCAUUGAUUCUAUCAAUGUUGAGGGGAACAAGAAGAAGAAAGAAGACUGCAUCCAAGUAGUUUCAGAUACGGUGUGGUUGUAGCGAAAGUUAUGCUUCUAUCUAGAUUGCUCUCCAACAUUCUAGGUGGAGCCAGAGCCAAGCGAGAGAGGCGGUGGGUCUUCGCCAUCCGGCUCGCCUGGCUUCGGUGGCGUAAACCAGAGGAAUCCGAAUAGCAGUGCGGCUUCGACAGCAAGCAGCGGCCGUGCUCCUAAAUUCAUGCCUUCACCGGCCGUGCGGCAGCAAAUGGCGACGGCAACCGCUAUGGGCAGCUUCUCGUAUGGCACUAGUCCGAGUGCUCCAGGGGUGUCGCCAAACAAUGCGUCGAGUCCUUUCGUGCCUCCUGCCUCCCAGGCCUACAGCACAUACUCGUCGCCGGGAUCUUCCGCUGGAGCAGCAAGUACUGCCGGUGGCCUUUUACGCUCGAAUGCAGCUCCAGGUGCUGUCGUUACAACUACGCUUGCGUCGCCGCCUGGCGCUGGAGGGAUCCUUAGCUCAUCUGCGGUGGGUAUGAGUUCUACAAGCGGAAGAACUACGGGGACGCACCAUCAUUUUCAGCAGCAAGAAGACUACACCUCUUCUAGCUCCUUCGGCGGUCACCAGCCUUUCCCCUUUCCUACUGCUGCUCCUGGUGCGGUCGAUCAUUCCGCUUUACGCUUAGGCAAUGGUUCUUGGGCCCGUGCCUAUAGGACGGCAGAGCGUGACCCGCACGCGCGGCCAGGGAUCCGGCACCUCGACUUGUUGUGUAGGACAGGUAUAGUUACAAGAAAGGAGUUGGAGGAUGACCUGACAGUGAUCAGCGACGAACACAUAGCCGAGUGCUGCAGCAUCGCGGAAACCAUGCUCCAGGAAAAUCCUGCAGAAUUUUGGCAUAGAAACGAGCCAAUGGCACAAAGUUUCUUUGAGCAUGAACUCACCAAACUUUAUACCCGAAAAUUCGCAGGGAGCAAAACGACUAUGUAGGAAUCAAGAUUUAAGAUUAUGCAACCACUUAAGAAGUUUUACGACCAUGGCCCUUCAUUCAGUUUUCAU